AUGAAAGGAACGGGCUUGGCUGCGGCGGUUCUCUUGGUCCUGGUGGCUGCGGUCGCGGCCCAUCGCCCCAUCAACGGCAUGGUGGUCAGAGAUGCUGAAGACACCCCCGACUUCGAAGUCGACGCCCGUGUGUACUUGGCAACCCAUGGGAUUGGGAGCGACGCCCUGCGCCGCCGCAUUCUUUCCAUCAACAAGGCCAUUGCAGAGCCGUUGAGCUUCAGUGCGGGUGCUGAAGCAUCUCCAGAGGACCUCCACAGCCGCAGACUGCAGGCGUUCAUUUCUGGCCUGAUAGAAAAGAGAAGGGAGCAGGACAGGCUGGAGCACCCUGACG